AUGAGUAUAUUAGUAAGAUUGAAGAAUAAACUUCACGAUCCAUCGUUAUAUGAAACGAAAAUUCGUGAAUUUGAUGAAAAUAUGUUACUUCUCAAAACUGAGAAUGUUGAAUUACACAAACGUAUUGAUCAGCUUGAAGCAUUGUAUAAAACAAGUAUGAGAACUCAACAAAAAUAUUUUUUUGAAGAACAUAUACGUCAACUUGAACAAGAAAAUGAAAGAUUAUUUGUUGAAAAUCAAUGUCAAAGAGAAGAAUAUGAACGUUUCUUAGAUCAAUUAACAACAAUGGUUAUACGAACAGCUGUCAUGCAAGAAAAUAUACGUAAAGAAUGUGCAUCAAUCUAUCAUUUAAUUGAACGAUUAUCAUUUUUAACAGUAAAUACUAUUCAAACAAAACAACCAUUAGAAUUUAUUAUUAAAGAAAGAAAAAAAAGUUUAUCAUGGGAAAAUUUAAAUAAAUCUUGUGAAUUUAUUUCAAACUAUCGAAAAUUAACUAAAGAUAUAAUUCAUUCAUCAUCAUCAUCAUCAAAUUCAUCAUUAACAACUCAUUGUUCAAGUUCAACAUCGGAUAGUUGGACACUUGAUUUAUCAUUCGAUAAUAAAGAUACAAAUAAUCAAAUGUUAAUUUCAAAUAAACCAACAGAAGAAGAAGAACAACAACAACAUGUUCUUCAACGUUCCGAAACAUUUACAGUUUCAAAAAUACCACAUGAAGAAUUAUCUUCACCUCGUUCGAUGACCAGUAUUCAACAUCAUCCUAUAAAUCGAACAAUAGUUCCAACAACAUCAACUACUGUUCGUCCUUCAAGACUACCUUCACGUUGUUCAAAUUCAAAAGUACAAUCAUCAAAUAAUAAUCGUUCAUUAUCAACACAAAAAAUAUCAAAAUUACCAAUUCGAACAAUAAAUUCAUUAAAUCAACAACAAAAUUCAAUAAAAAAAUCAAAUAUUCCAAUACCUACAAUAACUAAAAUGAAAAAUGAUGAAACUUCAGUAUCUAAUCGUUCUAUUACUUCAACAAAUAAUAAUAAUAAUACAACAAUAAAAAAAACAAUUCGUCCACCAUCAAUUAUUCAACUUUCAUCAAAUAAAAUUCGAUCUCAUUCGACUACAAUAUCUGAUAAAAAUAUAACAAAAAAAUCAACAUCUCUAUUAAAUAAAUCUACAAAAACAACAAUAGAAUCUGUAAAAUUAACUGAUCCUAUUCAACAAAUGAAUUCAACAUCAAGUGAAUCAAGUAUUGAAGAACAACAACAUAUUAAUAAAUUCUUAUCUAUUGUACAAGAUGAUGGAUAUUCUACAUGGUCAUCUAUUGAUGUAAAAGAUGAUGGAAUAAUGAAUAAUCUACAGAAAAAUGAAACUAAUAAUCAACAACAAAAUAUUGGACUUAUUAAAACAUGGCUUGAUACAUCAAAAAAACAAUGUUCAAAUAAACCGGUGAACGAAGUCGAAAAUAAUAAACAUGAAGAUAAUUCAUCAUUGCUACAGCCAUUUGUUCAUAAUUUUUAUUCAAAUGCUACAUCUAUACCUCUUAUAUCAACAAAUAAAGAUAUUUCACUUGAUAGUCUCGAUAAUUCACAAACAAUUCAAUCAUCAACAACAUUUUCACGUUCGGAAACAUUUGAUAAAAUACUUACUACACCAUCAUUACCAAAUAUUAUAGAUAAUAUUGAUGAUUCAACUAGUUCAUCAUCAUCAUCAUCAUCAUUAACAUUUAAUAUGUCUGAAUAUAUUGAAGAUCAUUUUAUUGAUGAAAAUGAUAAUAUUAGUAGUAGUAGUAGUAGUGAAAAUUCAUCAUCAUAUAAAACAACAAUAAUAAAUAAAAAUCUUUUAAUUAAACCUCAAAAACGUCUUUUAUUUCCUGGUUUAUUAAAUCGUUUAAUAUUUUUUCGUCGAAUUUUAUCUGAUUCUGAUUUACAACAAAAAAAAUUUUUUAUUAAUGAAAAUGAAAAUGAAAAUCAAUAUUAUGUUUAUCAUUCAAAUAUAAUAAAUGAACAUUCAGUUGAAAUAAAUCUAAUGAAUACAUAUGGUUCUGAUAGUGAAUUACAUGUUUGGUCAAAUAAUUGUGCUGAACAACGAAAAUUUCUUUUUGAACGACAACAACAACAACAACAACAAUUAACAAAUCAAAUUAAAGAAUAUAAAAUAUAUCAUGAAAAUUAUAAUCAACAAUUAGCAAUUGAACGUCAAAUAUUACUUCAACAAAUAUAUGAAUAUCCAUGGUUAUUACAAGAAAAUGAUCUUGAUAGAAUGACGAUAUUUUCAUCAACAAAUAAUAUGGAACAACCAUUAGCAUCAUCUUCAUCGGAUUUAAUUGUUCCAAUACAUAAUCCAGAUUUUUAUCAAUUAUGUGCAUUAACAAAUAGUAGUUCAUUUGUUAUAUCAUAUGAUCCUAAUGCAAAACACACUACUACUUCGACAACAUCAUCUAUUUUAUAA